AUGAUGACAGCAGGCGGGGACCGACCCAGGCCAAAUCUCGCUGGGACUCUUGACUCAGACGUGCUACCCACCUUGGAAGUCCGCGAGUUCACUGUCCGUACCGCUGAGUGGAUCCGUGUGAGUUUCACACAACCUUUCAGCCGAGAUCCUGUGGUGGUCGUUGCCCCGACCAAGGGCAAAGGCCCGGCCGCGAUCCGCGUGAGGAAAAUCACCACCACCGGCUUCUCUGCCAUCAUCGCCAAGCCACCUAAGAGCGGCAAGGUGGAGCCAGGUCAAUCAGAUGAGAGCAUGCAGGUGAGCUACCUGGCCGUUUUGCCGGGUGUUCAUGAACUCAACGGUGUUUGGAUGGAGGCCGGUCGUACCAACACGAAAGACGUGAAAUUUGGCAAGAAAUGCAGCCCUGCUGGUCUCAAACAGGAUCCCUGGGGCGAGAUUGAAGAAACUCGUUUCGAGCACACCUUCACGCGGCCACCGGCCUUGUUGACCACCAUUCAGACGGUGAACAACGAGAAAGGCUUGCCGUCCAACUCACGGCCUUGGUUGACAGUUGCUGUGCAGCGGGUGAAUGAGGAUAGCACUAAGGUCGCCUUGGAGAGGUCUGAGACGACCGAGUACGGGAAGGUUGAUGAGCGCGAGAAAGUGGGCUGGAUCGCCAUCGAGCAAGGCAUUCACACUCUCUUAGGUUCCACAG